ACCGGAGAUUCUGCAGUUAAAACUUAGACUAGGUAAAGCCAACAAAAAGAGAAUGAAAUUUGAUUUUGCAGAUCCUUGCUUUUUCUCAGAUGGGUGUCAUUAUCAAUCAACAUGUUAUUGAAACAAAAAGACUCUCUCAACAAACCUCAAGUCUCUUAUGUACAGAUACCACGGAGAAAAACGUCUAGUUUGUGAUACAUAGAUAAAUGAAAGCAUUUGUGGUACUAUUACUACUUUGUGUUGAGUCCACACAAGCGCAAUAUUGUGGAAUUCCUCAAUUGCCAUUAGAGAAAUACAAACAAGCCUUUGACGCCAGAUUCAUAUCGACGCCUCUAAACAAAAACAUACCCUCGCCGCCGAAUAUAAAUCAAGGCGACUGUGGCGUGUCUAAAAACGACCAAUCAAAGCAGAUCGUCAAGGGUCAAGAUGCUCCAGCCAAUGCUUGGCCCUGGCAGAUCAGGUUGGUCGCUAGCAAACACUUUUGUGGAGGAUCUAUCAUAAAUCGUGAAUGGGUCGUGACGGCGCUACACUGUGCUACAGAAAAUGUUGUUUCAAUCCGCUAUGGAAACAUCAAUUUUAAAAAGAGUAAAAUGAUCAGGACUGUCAAAUAUUUCACCUACCCGCCUGGCGACAUCGCCGUUUACAAACUCUCUUCACCGUUAAAUUUUUCAGACUCCGUGCAGCCGAUUUGUUUGCCUGAAGACAAUGUUUGGGAUACCACGCCUUGUUUCGCCACAGGCUGGGGGAGGUUAUUUACGGAGAAGUCCGGAGUUCCCGUCAUUCUGCAGCAAAUUGGGAGCAGGAUAGUCAACCAAACCGUGUGCCAGGCUGCCCAAACAUUUAAGGGACACUUAGAUAAGAGAGGGUUUUAUUACUGUGUACAGUCCGUGGAGUUCCCUACUGGAGAGUACGCCGGCUCCUUUAAUGGAGACUCAGGAGGUCCAUUGAGCUGCUUGAAGAAUGGACGCUACUACUUAGUUGGAGUCGUUAGCCAUGGUGUAAAAUCGAGCGGAAGUCACAUAGGUUUUUUUGGAGCUGUGCCUAGGGCUCUCCCGACUAUAAUUGCCGGCAUGAAAAAAAAUGCCUAGCUCAUUUGUAUGGAUCUGAAAAUAUUGUUUUCGCGAGGAGUAGAUUAAAAAAUCCAGCCUGUCUGAUUACUUAGGCAGUUGUCACAGAGAUUAAGCUGUGGGGUGGCGAUCUCUUUUGUUUUUCUUCUUCCUCUUUUUAAAAUUCUUUUCUUGAACAAUCCAUCUACUCCCAGUGACUUGAUCAAAGUCGAAGAAAGCUGAUGCACCAACCACGUUAUACAUAAAAUACUUAAAUCAUUUAUUUUUUAAUCAUAGAAACACUGUUUUUUCCUAGUUGAAGUUAAUUUGAAUGUACUCAAGUAGUUUUUUUGGCUUCACUACAAACUAAAGAUACACACAAUUCUGUAGUCGCCGACAUUCCUGUAUGAGUCAUUCCGUUAACAAAUAGAGUUUAAUGCUUUAAUGUUUUAAUUUUUUUUCUCCGAUUAUUUUUAUUUUAGCUUUUACUUUUAGGCAAAACAAUUUUUUUUGUUCAUUUACUUACUAUUCAAAA